GUUGCUAGGUAACUAAUAGAAAGCUAGCAGCGAUUUCCGAUUUCCAAGUACCUGUUUGACUAGGCUAUAUAUUAUUUCAAUUUGAAUUGAAUCGGUUUAAAAACCGAAAAUGGUUCCAACUGGAGAAAAAGCUUCUGAAGAAGAACCAAAGGAACCAUCUAUUCCUCUAGUUAUACAGGUGAUGUCCAAACAUAAAUAUAUAAAAAUAUAAUUUUAUUUUUAACUUACAGUAACUUACACUUUAAUUGUAAUAAUUUAAAUUUAAAUUUUAAAGUGAAUUAAAUUUAAUAUUAUUAACAUGUAAAUAAUCCUUUAGGCCUAACUAAACUGUUAACACCAAGGCCUAGGCUUGGGGAUAAUAACACUUACAGCAGAAAAGUCUCUAGGCUUAGGCAUUCUACUAACACUUACAGUGUGUUACAGAACUGAAAGAAAAGUUGAAGUCAGUAGUAACCUAUAGUAGGCCUAUAGGCCUACUACUAUGUAUGACCUAUGAUGAUUAACUAGUUUGACUUUUAAUUUUAAGUAAUAGACUUAUGAGUACACUCACUUGCCCAAAUAAUUAUUAAAUUGUUUGUCCAAUGCUCUAAAAUCUAAAAGACUUAUUAAUUACAAAUAUACAUAUACCUAAAUUUUUUUUAUUCUACUUAAAGUUGAAAUAUAUGUGACAUGUGUCCAGUGCAUGCAAAUAAUCCAUGAUAAUUAUUUUUUGUAUUUACCUACAGUCACUGUAUUUCAAUAUAAAUUAUUAUAUUUUAAAGGGUCUUAAGUUAGAAAAAAUAUAUUAUAAUAACAUUCAUUUACAAUUUCAGUCUCCCAAUAGUUACAUAUAUUUAUAUUUACAUUUUAUUUACAGCCCAAAAAGCACAAAUCCAAGAUUCUUGUAUGGUAAUUUAUUUAUCCUGUAUAAUAACAUUUUUAUUCGAUAAUUAGUUCCAUUAAAUUAGCAUGUUUUCACAUUUUAAACUGCUCAAAUUGAGCAUGAAAAUUUUAAUUACUGAAAUUUCUUCAGUGGUUUUCAACAAGGGUAUCUCUGCAUUCUAGACUGCCUAAUUGAUCCUACUUGGUGCUGUGAUACUUAGAUUUGAAUCAAACUCCUAAGAAAUUAAUCAAAUUGACAUCAAUUUUAAUUUCAAAUUAAAAUUUCUAAAUGUCCACAUUUUUUUACUAAAUAACUUCCCUAUUUAACCUAGGCUUUAACAAAAGUUCCUGGCUUGGAAAUAUAUAUCUUCCCAUUGUACUAAAGUUGUUCUUUGUGGUAACACAUCUUACAGUCCCUGAAAUCGAUACUGGCCACUUUCACCUGUUAAAGAACAUAUAUCAAUAUCCAGUUGGUUGUGCAUUGGUGCAAGCUUGCCUUACAGCAUGUCGUUGAGAUGCCAGCCGGGGUCCAUUUUCUUGGAACAAUACGACAGUUAACUGUUGUGGGAAACAGAAAAUUUUCUAGAACUUUCACUAUGGCUGACCAAGUAAAAUUAAAUGGCUUCAUAGGGUUUAUGCAAGGCAUGAGGCAUCAGCUGUUCGUGACACCUCUCCUUUAUAGUCAUUUUAUUGUAAAAAUAUAUGUGCUGAAUAAGAAAAGGUAGGAAGGUGGCCCCAAGGAAUUACAAUUUGGUUAGGAUGCCCCUAAUAGAAUAUUUGAAAACCACUGGAUUACAUAUUUGUAUUUACUUUGACUUGUAUAUUAUCAAAGGUCUGAUCUGUCAGUUGAUGCAGUAGACCGCCUGAAUGAAUCCCUAAAUGCAGACCAUAUCAAACAGUAAGUAAUUUUACUAAAUUUUCAAUUUUUUUCUUAUAUUAGAUAUUAUAAAUAGAGCAUCUUAGCUUGUUCUUUUCAAUUCAACAUCAAAAAACUAGUUUUGUGUACUCAUCUUGGUCAAUCUCAUAAAAUAAAAUCCUGUUAACAAAACUAAAUUUCAUUUAUAAUCAAAUUUUUUAAAAAUAUAGUGUAGUGUAAUCAUUAGAUAGUUGGUUAAUGCAAUUUUUGAAACAUAAUAUUUUUUAUGCUUGUGGCUUUUGAUAGGUCAAGAUAUGGAUGGAGUUUUAAAAAAUUAAUUCAAAGUGUAAAAUACCACAAUAAUGUAUUUACCAAUGCCUAAAAUUUUUUGGAUCUAUCUAAUUUGUGCAUAAUAAAAUAGGUAAAAAGCGUGCAUGGAAUGUUUUAAUGCUGAAAAUUUUAAAUUAAGGUAAAUAUUAAAACUUUGUUCUUCAAUUUGAUGUGUGACAAAGAAAUUAAUCUUAUAAAUUAAUAUAUUUCAUUAUUAUCCACCAAUGAUGAAAGCUCAUCUGGAAGUGAUAUCAUACAAAUGACAGUUUGCUACAUGCCAUUUCAGAUAGAAAGUAUUUUAUUAGCAUUCUAGUUCAAGGUCACUGAUGAAAUAAGAAAACCAAAAGUGUUCAGCAACCUUUCAAUGUAAAAUGAGAAAGUAAGUCAUAGAUCAAAGCACCCCUUAACUCGAAAGAAAUAUAGAUGCAAUCACACUGCAGCCAGAAGUCUAAUGACUUUGCUGAGAAGAUGUACACUUUCACUGCCAGGGGUGCAACACAUACAUAACUAAACCAGUCAUUGACACCACGGUGCUGGCUCACAUCAGAACAGGACACUGUCAAGAGAACUCACUAUCAAGAUUAGAUAAAAAAUAGAAUUCUCACAAGUCAACACUGAAAGAAUUUUGUGGAUGCUCUCUAUGGUAGUGAAUGAGGGAAUGCACAUUGACUUUUCUCCAUUCUUAUGGUAAAGUGGGGGGCAAUAUUUUGGCCAAGCCUAUGGCUAAGUAGCAGUUAACAAGAAUGAGUUAGUUUGCCAAAGUAGAGAGCAGGCUAAUUAAUAAAUAUGUUUUUUUUUUAAUUAAUUGUUCAAAUUUUGCAAAGAUGCUUUCAAUAUUUAAUUUACACAACAUUCAUUCCAUUGUGGUUUUUAAGGUUAUUUGCUUUCUUGUCAUUUAUUUCUCACCACACAGAGUGCUAGCAGAUAUUUUUGUUUUGGACAACUGGAAAGACAACCUAAAAACAGGCAUUAUCAUGGAUUUGUAUUUCUACACACUUCAGUUUGCAAGGGAAGAAGGCUUCACACCAGAAAAGAUCUCUACUUUUUUCUCCAUUAUUAAAGAAAUCUUUGAAGUAUGCAUAGGUAUAUAUGCAAACUUAUUUAAGAGGAUUACAUAAUAAAUAUUUCUCAUCCAAGAACAUACGAAUUUUCUUAAUCCUUCAAUGGCCUUUUUCAUGCAUUUAUUUAUCUUUUCCCUUUUGGUGUAAAAUAAUAAUUAAAUUAUCUCUGUAUUUCUUUGUAAUAAAUACAGUAAAUUAAUAAUAAUGAUGUAUUCUUUUUACAGAAACACCAUUUGGUAAUGUAGACCACACAUUCGAGUAUUUUAAGGAUCUGCUACACUGCCAUGCUGUGAAUGUACGCACAGGCAUUUACAAUAAGAAACUAUUUUAACAUCACUUUUUUUAUAUUGUAUUCUUUAACAUAUAGCCCUAGGUGUUGUCAUUAUAUGUUAAUAACUUUAAAAAAAAAUUGAAUUGUAUGUUACAAAAUUAUUUAUGAUUUACUUAUAAUUUACAUGCAAAAUAGUAAUAUUUUCAACCUAAGGAAAAAGGUAGCAUCGCUUUAACGUAUUUUAAACUUUUCUCUCAAACUAGCAUCCCCCAUACAGCAUUGAGUUGUUCUCACCAGGAGAAGUGAGACGGAUAUCUGAAUAUACCAUAAACACUUUCUUUAGACAUUUCAAAAUGUACAAAUAUGUUUUUACAGCUCAGGUAAGCAUGAAAAUAAACAUGGUUAAGGAAAUAUACAACUUUUAAGUGUUCAAUUAGCUAAUAAUGUAAAGGUUAUGUCAAAUUGAUAUGUUACAGCACUGCCCCUAGUAAAAAAGAAUAUAGCAAAAUUAAACUCCACAUAUUCAUAAUUCAUUUUGAAGUAAGUAGUGAAUAUAUGGACACAACAAUUUUCUAACAUUACAAAAUGCAUUAUUUCUUUCUUUUGAACACAAAGUGAAGGACAUGUACAUAUAUUAGAUAAAAUUUUUAAGAAUCAAUUUUAGCUUAUGAGAAACUAAUAUUUAAGAAUAAAAUUACUAAGGUCAGACUUUUUAGUACAAAAGCUCUUCUUUAAUUAAAUUCUUUCAUUUCAAAGCUGCUUUCUGUUACUUUUUAAACUAUUUAUUUUUUUUAAAAAUUUUCUUUCUUGUCAGUUUCUUAAACUACCUUAACAUUAUACAUUGUUUAUUGAUAUUAAUAUUAAAGGCUUUACAAUACUAAAAUAUUUUUAUAGAUAUGAUUAGGUUUUAUCACCGAAAUGCCUUUAACUUUUAUAGGUGCGACUAGACCUCCAAAUAACAUAUAUAGGAAUGCCUACUGUAGUGCCAUCUGAAGGUAAGAAUUUACACUUUAUUAAUAUUAGAAAACAGGUACAAAAUCAUGCUAAAAAAUAUUAAGUUUUAUGUAAUAAAUAAUUGUCUAUCCAAUUUACUAUAAAAUGCUUUGAAACUUUGAGCAUGGAUGCAAAAAUAUGAAGACUCUUAAAGUUAAAGUAUUCCUGUAACAAGUUUGUUUUAAUUGUGCAAGCAAUUUAAGUCUCAUACAUCAUUCAACAUAAUUAAAGCAAACAAUAUGCCAAAGCUACCUAAGUUAGGAUCAUGAGCUCUUACUCACAUUAGUUAUUGACCAAAAUUAGAUUUGCUUAACUAGUCUUUUUUUACAAAAAGUAUCAGUAUUUAAAUUUGGUAAAGCUCAUAAUUGAUUCAUUUCAAUCAUCAUAAUAUAUCAAAACUAAAUAUUUAUUUAAAAAAUCCACUUUUAAAAGCAAUCAGAUAUAUUUAAAUUUAUUAAUCUUAAAAAAUCUUUUGAAAUUCAGAGUUAUCCAAGCUUAAUGAUAUAUUUUCUUAGUUUGGCAGUUAAGUGAAAUAUGUUAUUAUGAUUCCUUCCACAGAAUGCUUUUAAUCGGUUCCCUACAUUUGCAUUAAAGAUUCCUUUUACUCAAGCUUUAAAGAAAUACUUUGAACUAAAUUCCCAAGGCAAUAGUUUAAAGGCUUCAAAUAAAAUUUGAAAAAUGCUACAUCUGAAACUAUCUUUUUCAAAAUCUUAUUUUCAGUUAAACAAUUUUAAAAUUUUUAUUAAUUCAAUGUUAAUAAUUCAUAACCUUACUUUUUUAAAAAUAUAUUAAUGUGCUUACCACAUUUUAGAUGCAAUUAAUGUCAAUGAUGAAGUUGCCCCACCUGGAGAUGAAGAUGUUCAUGAUCCUGAACAUGAAAAGGCUUUAAAUCAAGGUAAAAAUAUAAUCACAACAAUUAAUGAAAAAUAAAAGAGAAAUAUAUUAAAAUAGCUUUGUUAUAUAAUUUUUUCAUUUAAUGGCUAGUUCUUCCUUUAAAUUUUGAUCAUUAUGGCAAGGAGGUGAGUGGGGUGAGUAACAAUGCAACAUUUAUCAUUUCAUAUGAUAAAUUUGUAUAGCAAUUCAUAAUCUACUUGGCCAUUCAUCUUCAUCCGCUGCGCAAUUUCUUGAUUUCCCAAAGAGUAACAUUCUCUAAUCUCUGUUAUACCCUAUAAUAUCUUUAUUUCCAGUUCACUAUUAUUUUAUUGGCUAUCUGUACUUUUGCUCCCGCAGAUGAAGAGUUAUUGCAGGCUAAAGAAGACCUGAAGACUAUUGUAAAAAACUUCCUCACACAAGAAUCUAAGAAAAUAGAAGGCAAAGUUGAAGAUCAAGUGCAAGCUGCAGUAGAAGCUUUGAACUCAAAGAUAGAUCCAUUGCUAGGAAAUGUGCCUCUGAAGAAAGAACAAAAAGGGAAAAAAAAAUAAGUAUUUCUGUUUUCUUGUGAGGUUCGGAUCAUUGCUAAAUAAAAAGUGUAUAUACUUGUAGCACUGAAAUUCUAUUUCUGUAAUAUAUAUCAAUAAAAAAUAUUUUAGAUAUGAAGAAAAAAAGUCGUUUUUUAAAACUGAUUUUCAUUAUAAAGUUAUUGGAAUCUUUUUUUAAAUUGUUCCGCGCAAAUUGUUGGAAUGUUUUAUUCCCUUGCAGUUAAAAUGGCUUUCAUUGAAAAGUAUAAUUAUAAUUAUGUAAAAAUAUAGAUGUUUGUUUUAUAAAUAGCACUUCACUAGGAGAAAAAAAAUCCUUUUGAAUUUGACAGAUUUCAAUGCUUAAUCAUAAAAUCUAAGUUGUUUGAACCUUAAAAUUUUACGUACCGUAAAUAUAUUAAUAGCAAAAAAUAAAAUUAAAAACUAAGCACUCAUAAAAUGGAGAUAUGAACUUCUAAUGAAUGUGAUUAUUUUUCAGAAGGAAUGCAAGAAAAAUAACAUGAUUAUUAUCACACUAUUUAAAUUAUGUUAACUUCUUUACAACACAUGCUUCCAAUUCAUUUAUCUUCAAAAACACAAUACAUGCCACGACUUAAUCAUAAAGCUGGUGAAUUUUUAAAAUUGUAAUUUUAAAUUGUUUUAAUUAUGCAAUACUUUGAUAACUAAAGAUAAAUCUCUUCAUUUCUGAAAUAUGACCAGUUUUUAUUUUUUUUUCUUAAAAAAAAAUUAUUGUAAUGAGUAUUAAUAUAAAUUUUAAAUGUUUUUUGUUUUUUUUUGCAACUGGCCUAAUUUUUAUUACACAAUGGUGAUAGAUAACAUUUUUUAAGAAUGACAGAGUUCUUUGAUAUAGAGACAUAUUAACAAUCUCGUUCAAUGCUAUUUGCACAGCAUAAUAUUAUGAACUUAUAUAUUUGACGUUUUUAAAAUUAAAAUAAAAAGUAAUGUUUUUAAUGUUAUUAAAAAUUUCAAACUACUUUAUGCUUGGGAUUAUUAAAAAUAAACCAUUUGUUACAAGAUAUGUAUGAAUAACACAAAAUAUUUUUAAAAAAUAAACUGUUUAUUCAAUAAAUAUAAUACAAUAAUAGUUAGUCUUAACAUAUUUGAUCAGAAGUGAUUAACCUUGUCUUACCAAUUUAUUCAUUGAUCCCUGAUUAUACCAAUUUCCAUGGGUGAAUAUAUACAGCUUAGUUAUCCAUAAAUGUUUGAAAUUUAAUAUUUGAUAUUAAACCAGUGAUAACCAACACUCCAGGUCACAUUUAUUCAUCUAUUUAUUUACAUGUAAAAUAAAGUAACACAUAAAGGUCUUCACCCCAAAAUAUGCCAUAUAACAUGAAUAUAUUAGGUACUUAAAAAUAACUUAUUCUUAAUAACUACCUGGCAUUAUCUAAACAAUUUGAUUAUGUGGUACAAAUUUCAGUUGCUACCCAAAUAGUUUAAUUUGUCACAUAUCACCAGAUAAUAAUUAUACAUUGAUCUAAAAACCAAUCAUAAUUUCUUCUGUUUCUUGUUUGGGGGGUCAGCAACUUCAGAACUUAUAUUAGCAAGCAGCCUUUUAUCACUGGCAUUAGAUGAAGCUGCAUCACAAUUUGAGCUUGUUGUUGCACUCGAGGAAGACCUUUUAACAUCACGCACUCCACCAAGCUUCAGAUAAAAGAAAUUAAAUUAGCACUGUUAAUAUUCAUUUAUUAAUUUAGGAAAAUCUAUUUGAAGACCUCAGCGGAAAAACCAGACUUGUCACAUUUUGAAGAUUUUGAGAAAAGUGGAUUUUAAAGUUUAAAAGUACCCAAUAUUUUCACAUGUAAAAAUAAGAUGCCAUGAUUUUGUUUUUAUUUAGCGAUACCAUUUUACUUUCAAAAUAUAUCAGUUACUAAAUAUUUUGUGACAAUUUACUACAUUUUUACAGCUUAUUACCAGG